AUGGCUCCCAAGAAGGCAGCAGCGAAGAGAGGCGCGGAGCUGUUACCUGAAACUGCUGAGCCCAAGGCCAAGGCUGCCAAGGCUGCCGCCAAGACUCCGAAAGCUAAUGGCAGCCAAGACCCGGCACUCAUGGCCAACUUGGCUUCUGGCAGCCCGGGGGUGUCUUCACAGGCGCUUUGCCUGAAUGGUGGAGUUUGGGCAAAACAUGCAGAGAAUGUCCGACGUUUCAAAGAGCAGGCAGUGAGUGAAGAUGCUGUGCAGCUCCGCCCCAACACGCACAGCUUUGGCCAGCCCUUUGAUGAAAAGGCUGCUCUGGAAAGCCUCAAGCGUGAAGGCAAGUACCUUUGCAUCAUGAAUGCUUUGUGGCUUGACCAGAGCUGGUCUGCCACGCCGCAGAUACCAAUCAGUCAAGGCGCCAUUGACCAAGUGAAGUCCCAUUGGUUUUCUACACCGAAUGGUUUGGACCAGCAGCAAGUCACUGUGGGCUUCUUGCGGCGAGAGGUGGACUCAAAGACUGUGCCAGGCUUUGGCACUUGGAAGCGUCUCAGUGCUGAAGAGUCCAUCAUUGCCUUCUUCGAAGCAGCUGCCGCCGAAGCGCAGAAAGUGGAAGCAGGUGCAGUGGGUGAUCAGUUGCAGGAAUGGCUAGGUCAUUGUUUAUCCUGCCCAGUGUUGAUCAGGGUUGUAGCUGACUCGCAAGAGAUGGAGUGGGUGGCCCAGCAGCUGAGGGAGGAUCAGACCCAACUGUCCUUCCUCGCCCGCACACCCACACGGAGGGUGUUUGACGUCAUGCAGAAGAGAGAGGCGAUGGGCGUGGCUUACACGCCAGAGGCGCUUCUGCAGUUGUAUGACGAGAAGCUCAAGUUCAGAUUUCUGGGCCAUUCUUCCAUGGUCAUGGACCGUGCUUUGCGGCAUGACGCAAUUCUGCAGGUGAUCCUGGCGGAAGAAGCUUGUGGCAAGAGCCUUUGGGAUUCUGUCAGCAAGUUGCACGCCAUGGUCUCCAAGUCUACCCGCUUUGAAGAAGUUGCUUGGCUUUUCACGCACAUGCACGAUUCCAAACUGGCUGGCCUUCUUGAAGGAGAAGUGUCUGUGCGGCAGUUGACGGGCCAGGGUGCUACAGGUGGCAAAGGUCUGUGCGAUCUGGUCUUAUACAAGAUGAGGCUCAGAGACUACUUCAUCAGCGACUUCUUGCUUUCAACUGAAGCCAAAGAGAUGCCUGAGAAAUACCGCCAAGCUCUCAAAGACCUCUUUGCUUCCCACGAAGCCUUCCGAAGAAAGGUCGGUUUCCCGGACAGCCCGGCGGACCUCUCAUGGAAAGCUGGGUGGUCACGCUCUGCUGAUCACGUUAUGCAACUGAUUCAGGAGUCAGUCUUUGGCACGGUCUUUGACGACAAUCUCAAAGCAGCUGUGGUGGCAGGUAAAGCUCCCCUGGAUGCCUUGACCAUGGAUACCAAAUUGGGUGAGUGCUAUAAAGAAUUCCAGCAGCUCUUGCGGCAAGAGCUGGAUGAGGCCAGGGCAGAAGCAUCUGCAGCAGCCCGAGCUGAAGCCCAGCAAGGCACAACUCAAGACCCGGAGGCCCAGGAGGGUUUGCCAGUCAGAAGUGCUGCUUUCAAGGCAUUCCUGGGGGAUGUGCAGGCCAAAAUCGGGGAGAUCAAGAAUGAAGAGACUCUGGCGCAGAUUCAGUACUUCGAGGACAAAGCUCGCAACCUCAUGGCUUCCAACGUCCAGCUCUUUGUCUUCCAACCGUCAGAGAAUGAGUUGUGCGCGUACUUUGACAAAGCAGCUGCUUGCCAAGUCAGAGGUGGUGGUAAUCAGUGGGUGGGAAUCUUGCUGGAUCCUGCUCAGUGGGGUGAAGCUGUGACGAACCCACACAUUCGUGUUUGCCCGUUGAACCAGCAGUACUUGAAGACCUUCUUGGCGUCAGUGGUCAAGUCCAGGGACAAGCAGCAGCUGACCUUGCACCAUCGCGACCUCUUUAUCUACUUUGAUUCGUUCUUGCCUGGCAAUUUGAACAAAGUGCUAGGUUCUUUCCAGACUCCAGCCGGAGAUGCCUUGAACAAAAACUCCUUCGGUGUCUUCAUCUCCUAUGAUGAGGAAAGUCUCAAGCAACGCCGGCAGUACAUCAAAGCAAACUCAACGACUUUUCAGCAAGUUGAGCUAAUGACGCUGGUGACUGCUGAGAAUUUUGGAGACGCCAUGACCAAAACAAACCGCAAGAUCUACAAGGGGACCAACUUCGGGAACAAGAUCGGAGACGUGUUGUUGGAGAGCCCCAAAUUGCUUUGGUCUAUGGCUUUGAAGGACAAAAUCACUUUGUUUGGCAAGUACCGGGUGUCCGUUGGUGGUCGCACCACCGGGGAAGCAGAGAGCCAUCGUGGAGUCAGCAACCGCAAGCUCAACACUGAAGAGCCCGUGUUUUGGCAUAGCCGUCCUUUGAGCCUUUGCCUUGAGCUUUUGGCCAGUUACAACCUGGCUGCCGUGGUGGACGCUGGAGCUGGCGAUGGGAACAUGGCCCUGGCGUGCGCUUUGAGUCGCAUGCCUUACUGCGGUCUCUGCCUCACUGAAGAUCAUUUGACCCAGGUCCAAGACCGCAUUGUCACUGAGAUCAUGCUGCGCAUGCUCUCUUCUUCCGAAAGCGUGUUCGAACCCAAGUUGGCUGCAAGUUUGGGAGGAGAUCGCGCUGGCCGGUCGUCUCAGCCAAGCGGUGCAAGGACGGCAGAGCAGCAAGGCGUCAGCCAUCCAGCCUCUAGCGGAACGACUGGCAACCCACCCAAUACCAGUGGCAAUGACAGUGGCACAGCAGCGUCUGUGCUGAAUGAGUUCAGGGCUCAGUUGGCGAGCCUCCAGCAGCAAGGCCAGUGA